AUGGUUCCGCACUGUUUCGCCAAAAGCGAGUCGAGAACGAUCCUGUUGUCGCACCAUAGAUCCACUACCCUGCCACCGCGGAAGAAGCAACAACACACCAACUUGUGCCGCGGCACCUCCUUAUAUGCUACAACAGCACCACCACCCACCCGCUUCGACUCCCGCGCGCUGCUCUCGCUGCUCGUCGUCUUCUUAUCCUGGAGUUCUCUGUUUGUUGCCGCAUCCGCUGCAGAUACACAUGGUAAUCGACUAGCACCGCUGCUCGUGGAAGACGACCUAGCGUGGAAGGGAUCGUCACUGUACCUCGAUCCACGUCCGCCGCCAAUAGCUCCGCUAUUGAUGCCUCCACUACACAGCAACCAAGAUGCCACCAGAACGCUGUCUGCACCGCGCUCCAAGCGAUCUAUUGCCACGGAUCCUGAUGGCGACAAGACCGAUUUCGCCAUCCCUCGGCCUUUCGAUACCGGCCUCUCAAACAACUUCACCAGCUCUUGCGCCAGCUUCCUCAGUCGUCUCAUCCGUAGCGACGCCUUUAACAACUGCCAUCCCUUUUCCUUGAUGCUGCAGACCUCAAGUGCCUUCUUCGACGCAUCCAAAUCGUACCUACGCAUCACCCAAACACUGGACGCAACCUGUGGUGUCAACGCGACGCAAUGCCGGGCAACCCUGAACAACUUUGCACGAGACCUUGUCUCUGCAACCGCAUGCAAGACAGACUACGAAAACGACAACCCACUCGUAUUGCAGGCGUACAAUGGGCUUGUGGCAUAUACACCGUCCUACCAAGCUAGCUGCUUGCGAGACAAUGCGGGAAGCUAUUGCUUCGCGAAUGCAGUCAGCAAUUCGUCAUCGACCACGGACUCGUAUCCGUACUAUCUGCCCAUCGGUCAGGAGCUUCCUGGCGGAUCAAGGCCCACCUGCAACACCUGCCUCCAGGAUGUAAUGAGUGUAUUUGCCAACUACGGCAACAACGCUACCCAGCCUCUCUCGAAAACCUACACCAUGGCCGCACAACAAAUCUCGAUAUCUUGCGGAAAGACAUUUGUCAACGUCACCGCAGCGCCCCUGAAAGGUGCCGCAGCAACAACGAGCUCAUCACUCACACCUACGAUUACCCUGAUCCUAAUGUUUAUACUUUAUAUCUUCCAGUAA